AUGCAGCCUCCACCUCGAAAGGGAAAUUAUACGAAAUUUCUAAAAAAUUUACAUUCAGAACAAAUUGCAAAAUUACAAUUAAAAAAUCAACAUGAAAAUGAUUUGUUGGAGGAUAUACGAAAUUUUACCAUUAAAAAAUCAGCUGUGGAAAAAUCAUAUUCAGAGGCCCUGCUUAAAAUAUCUUCAGCUUAUCUUAAUAAAAAAAUGCCAAAUAUACCCGACAUAAAAAUUGAUGGAGGCGAGGAAAAAUGGAAUAUGUGGAAUGUUUGGAGAACUGUGCUUGAAGAAAAUGAAAAAUUAGCCAGAGCACGAUUAGCAGCUGUUGAAGUUUUUCAACAACAAAUUGCCGAUGAAGCAAAAGUACUUCGCGCUCAUAAAAUACAAUCAACAAAGAAGUCCAUUGACCAAUUAACCAAUGUUCAAAAAGAAUUACAAACUUGUGUCCAAGAUGUUGAUAAAACGAAAAAAUUAUAUUUCGAUGAAGAGCAUUGUGCUCACGAUGUGCGUGACAAAGCUAAAGACCUCGAAGAAAAAUUAAAGAAAAAGAAAGGAUCAUUUUUUCAAUCAAUAACAUCAUUACAAAAAAACAGUGCAAAAUUUUCAACAAAACGUGAACAGUUAGAAGAAAAAUCAUCCGGUGCUAGAAAUGAUUAUCUAUUGAGUUUAGCUGCCGCGAAUGCUCAUCAAACACGUUACUUUGCUGUUGACUUACAAAUGGCCAUACAAAUAAUGGAAAGUGGUGUAUUUGAUAAAGUAGCAGAAUAUUUAACAUUAAUGGGUCGUACAGAAUUAUUAACCUGUUCAGCAACACAAAACUCAUAUGGAAAAAUUCGGGACCAAGCCCAACAAUUAACCCGUGAAUAUAAUUUAAAAUGUUGUUAUCUAUUUUAUCCCGUUUUAAAACAACAUAUUCAAUAUGAAUUUGAACCUUGUGAUAACGAUCCUAUCGAUCAUAUUACGGCAGACCAUGAAUCUGCAGCUGCGACACUUAGCAAAGAAGCACGUAGAUGGGCUUCGAAAAUUGUUAGAGAAAAUAAUAAUAUACGUGAAUGUGUACGGAAAUUACAAGUGUAUAAUGCGUUAAGAGAUUCUGGGCAAAAAACUGAUCCGAAUGAUCCAAAUGGUCCUGAUUUAGAAACAAAAAUUGAUGAUAUGAAACAAGGCAUACGAAAAGCGGAAACAGCAAAAAUGAAAGCGGAAGCACGAAUUGAAUGUUUAAGAGCUGGUGGUGUUAAUGUUGAUGAAUGGAUGCAAGAAGCGGAAACAUUGAGUGUACAAGAUAUACCACGUUCAGCAAGUUCUUUAUCAAUGAGAACUGAUGCUUCUGGAGCAGGGGAACAACCUAGCUCAGAUUCAUUCUAUGACAGUGAUUUUGCUGAAGGUGAAACAGCUCCGGUUGUUGAAAAAGUCCAAGCCACUACAGUUGAAGCAGAAGAAACUCAAGAUACUAGUUAUGAUACCGCUGAGGUCGACGCUAUGUUAGAACAAGAAAGGCAAAGAAUAGAACAAUUAACAGCUGGUUGGGAUGAUCCCACUCAAGUUGAUUGGGGUGCAGAAGAAGAUCAAACUGGAGACGAGGCACGUGCAGAAGCUGUCAAAUCAGUUCCUGGAUUAAAGUGUACUGCUUUAUAUUCAUAUACAGCACAAAAUCCGGAUGAAUUAAGUAUUAUUGAAAAUGAACAGUUAGAAGUAGUUGGUGAAGGUGAUGGUGAUGGUUGGUUACGUGCCAGAAACUAUCGUGGAGAAGAAGGAUUUGUGCCGCAUAAUUAUUUAGAUGUAGAACGUGAAACUUCCAGUCAAACACCUGGUUUACAAACACAAAUAUCUUUCUCAUCGGUUGAUUACACUGUAGACGAACAGGAUGAAGAAGGAUUACCCAGUGAACAAACAGAUCAAACACAAUCACCUGAACAAAUAUCCGUCAUAUCUGUACCGAUCCAAAAAGCUGAAGAACCUGUUACAUAUUGUUGUGCUUUAUAUGAUUAUGAAGCAAGUGGGCCAGAUGAGUUAACUUUCGAAGAGUGUGAUGUGAUUAAAGUAUUGAAUAAAUGUGCGCAUGGUAUUGAUGAUGGAUGGUGGGAAGGUGAAAUUGAUGGACGACGUGGAAAUUUCCCAUCACUUGUUGUUGAAGAGUGUGAUCAAUUUGGUGAACCAUUAACUAAUCAGUGGGAAGAUACACCACCAGCAAGUGCGCCACCAGUAUUUACGCCACCAGAUGUUCCUAAUUUUUUAUUACAACCAGCAACUGAAGUUAUUAUUACUCAAGCGACGCCUAUGGGUGAUAGACCUCAAAAUGAAAUUCAAGAAAAUGGUACCGAAGAACAUAAUGAAAAUGAAAGUGGUCCGCCUCAAGAACCUCCACCAACAAAACCUCAAGGAUUUCAAAUGGAUUUAACAAAAAAACAAGUAAAACAAUAUACUACCCAGUUUGGAUUUGAAGAAUCAGAAAUAGAAGAACGUCAUAAUAAAUGCAAAAAACCGGAUAUCUGUGUAGUUGUAGAAGGAGAGAGCGACCCAGAAGUUGGUGGAGAAAAGGAAAGUGAUAAAAGAGAAGAUCAAGAUUUCGGUCUUGGUGUAGCACAAAUUGUGAUAACAGCUGCAACUCCAAUGAUUGAGGAACCAGAGCAACCAUUCCCACCACCAGAGGAAGAACAAACUGAAGUAUCCACAAAUGGCAAUUUAGAAGACGAGGACAAUACUAGUGCAGACCCUUUAACGGAAAUUCCUGAAGAAGAAGAAGCAACUGCAGAUGAUGCAAGUAAGAUAGAAACACAUAAAGAGGAUUUAGAAGAUGAAAAAUCAAUUGUUGAUGAUCAACCAACAGAUUCAGCACCAUUUCCAACAAGUAGCAGUACUGGAAGCGAUGGUGAUUCCACAGGACCUAGUACAGCAGAAAAUUCACAAAGUCUACCUGCAACGACCACAACGACUAGUAGUCAUCCACCCGAAGAACAUGCCCCACAAGAUGAUAUUCUACCAGACGACGAUAUUCCAAAGCAAGUAGUGGGUGGCCGGGCUAGUAUACCUGAUGAAUUAGAACCCCAUCAAUUAGCUCAAUUACAAGACCUUAAAGAAUCUAACGCUUAAAAUUAGUUUAAAUUUUUAUUUAAAAGGGAACCUUAAAAUCAAAUACUCCUAAGUACAUUUUGCGA